UUCUGUGAAACAGUGACGCGAAGUGACCAGCCCGAGGUACUGGCCAGUGUGACGCUAACUGUACAGUGAGCCGCGCGCAAACUGUGCGCUCUCCAACGCGCAUGAAGUGAUACGAAAGUGCAAAUUAAGAAAAAUGGUCUGCAAAAUACUACCAAAAAUACAGAGCCCAACGCGGCGGCCGCCUAACGGUGAUGCUCAGCAGGAUUCGAUGCCGGAGGUAGCUGACUAUGAAACAGCCUUAGACAUAGCUGGCUAUGGCCGCUUCAGCAGGAGCGUGCUCGGCGCAUGCGCAGUGUCGUUCUUUGCGUCCGGAGUCCAGAACUGUGUGAUGUCGUACGUCCUGCCGGCCGCCAGGUGCGAGCUGGAGCUCACCACCUACCAGGCUGGGCUCAUUAACAUGGCUUUUAUGAGUGGUGGAGUAGCCAGUGCAUUCUUCUGGGGUAUAGUGGGCGACGUUUUUGGCAGAAGAAACGUACUCAGCAUGACUCUCCUGCUGGACGCUACCAUCACAUUGGCACAGAGCGCUGUGGCUGACUACCGGCUACUGCUGGCUGCUAGAACUAUCAACGGAUUUGUGAUAGGUGGUCCUGCAACUCUAGUGUUCUCCUACCUGUCAGACCUCGUGGGACCUAAGAAGAGACAGCUGUACCUCAGUGUAGUCGGCAUGAGCUUCAUAGUCGCCUGGCUGAUUUUACCUGCUAUCGCCUGGCUGGUAAUUCCAUUCAAAAUGGCUGACUAUGAGACCUUACUGCCGAUUUACUCGUGGAGGUUAUUCCUGGCCCUCUCCAGCAUCCCAGGGUUUAUUUCUGGAGGGUGGGUCCUCGCCCUCCCAGAGAGUCCCAGGCUGCUGUCGGAUACCAACAGGAGUGAGAAGGCUUUGAAGAUCAUGGCGUACAUCUACAAGACUAAUCAUGGCACCAGUGCUGAAUUUAAGAUAAAAAAACUAAUUCAAGAUGAGGUGUUUGUGGGUAAGACCCUCAGCAGCGAGGAGAGUAGGACUAAGGUUCUAUUCCUGAGCGUGAUCAAAGACCUGAAGACCUUCGUGUCCAAGAGCUACGCGGUCAAGUCCAGCCUGAUACUCUUCAUGUUCUUUGCUAAUAUGGCUGCUGGCUUUGGCCUAAACAUGUGGAUCCCAGAGCUUCUUCUCCGCAUCCAAGGUAGAGAGUGUAAGCUGACUGCGCCAACUGCUAAACCAGAAAACGCAAGGCUCUUCAACGCCACCACCCAUUGGAAGGAUCUGAAGUAUGAUUCUUAUGGCAAGGAGAUACCAGUUCCAGGGUUCAAUGACAGCAGUAGCUUUGAUGAUCAUUUUGCACAGGGAAUUCCUUGUGAUGCCACUAUCGACUCAGAGGUGUUCACAUCAGGCCUGAUUGUUGGAGCAUGCUGUGUCCUCGGCAAUGCUGCAUGUGCCAUCCUCUGUGCUCGAGGAGGUGCCCUAGGAGUCCGUCGUGCUGCAAUAGCCUGCACAGCAGUGUGUGCUCUCGCUAGUGCGUGCUUAGCAGCCACGGCCUGUUCCUGCUCUAGCUUCAACAAAAUAGCCGUUGCAGCCGCUGCAGCGCUGAAUGCAGCGUCUCUCAAUGGAAAUGUGCUGUUGAUACGACUUCUGCUGCAUGCUCUGCCGGCUAGAUUGAGUGGCCUAGGAGUCUGCUGGGGUGCCUGGUGGGGCAGAGCUGGUGGCGUGGCCUCUAACCUAGCAGUAGGGGUGUUGCUGGACUUCUCCUGUCCAGCACCCUUCAUUGCAGUGGGGGCUUUACUUGCAUUAUCCAUCGGUGCCAUAAUGGUGUUAAAACUCGGAGAAGACAGAGAAGAAACAAGUCAAAAGAAAGAAGAAGAACUGGAUCACGGUCAGGAGAAGAAUACUGGACUAGACAGAUAUAUAUCCACGUAUAUGUAGUUCCUAGUGUAGUAUUAAGUCAAGACAAAGGUAAUUCAGUAACAUUUGGAGUUAAUGUAAUUUAUCGGAGUCCAAAUAAAAUGUAAAGGCCGUCCGUCCAGAAGAAUGAUAGAAUCACCUUAACUAUUAAUCUAACUCGGAUAAUGUAGCCAUUAUUAGUUUAAACUGAGGGCCUAGUGUGUUUUACACAACGUUUUGAAACUUUUAGCUCUCUAAUUGGUUGGUUAACUUGGAGCAGCAGUGUAAACUAUUAAUCAAACUUGGAUAAUAAACUUACACUAGGCCUUUCGGUAGUAGUAAAGAUUUAUACAUACUAUCGAUGCAUUAGUGAGGUAUAUAGAUAAUUAAAAAGGAAUAUUUCCACUGUUAUUUAGUUAAAAAUCCUAUCUUUAGCUACUUUGGAAUCUCCUACACGCCUUUUAUACAGAAAACACCAAAAAUAUACUAUGAAUACUUCCUACUAGCCAUUAACCCUCUCCAAAAAAUAUACUUCUUUUAACUUCAGGAACUAGGGCGGAACUACUUAAAGUAGUUUACUGACAAAACGUUGCCUUAUAUACUACGUACAUAGAUAAGUUACAUAGAAAAUACUGUGUCUUAUUAUGUUUACGUAAAAAUAGACCUUAGUGCUUGUACAUAAGUUCUAUUGGAAGUUAAGCUGAAUGUAUGCAACUAUACAAUUAAUUUCGUAGGUAAAAUAAUUGUGAUUGAAGUCGAAAUCAAUUGUGUAUAUUCUAAUGAUUGUCAAUUGUCACUGUUUGAGAGCAAAUUCAAUGAGAGUAACUAAUUGCAAUUUUGAAUCCUGAUUGGUUAGUGUUAAUGCCAAAAAAACAGACUCUUACGUCACAAAGUGAUAUCUCAAACACAUGUACUAAAUAUUUUUUUAAACUUUGAUGACAAUGUCCACAGGACACUGUCCACAGGAAAUUGACGUCAUUAUUGUAAAAGAUCUAUGGCCAUUAAUAUUUUACUGACAACUAAAAUGAACUCAAACAUAUCAAAAAUGUUUGAAAAACUAUUUAUAGAUAAUAGAAAAUACUAAUUAUAAGUCGAUCGUAAACUUUAAUUAAGUUUAGCAUAAGUAGAAUAAGAUCUCGUAAUCGUAAGGUUUUUGUAUUUAUUUUUAGGUAAUCAUCAAAUUAAUUCGACUGUUUAUUUUUAACCCAAGAUUAAUACUUGAAGCAUUUAAAGCCUUUAAAUAGUCGUAUCUAUAAUUUAUAGCCGGUCUUCUAGCUAUUUUACUAUCCUUUUUUUGAGGGGAGUAAAGUAUCCUAUGUCGUCUCCCGCCUUGGGCGAGGAAGGCGAGAAAGAGUGUCAGACACUUACUGACUAAAUAUCACCCCGUUCCUUUUCCUGUUUUUCGAGCUGGAACCCCUGUAACCCGCAAGGCAGUCCAUAGCUCCGGAUUUUUCUAUCCUACUAAUAGUAUGGAUGUUUGUUACUCUUUCAUUUCAAAACGGCUGAAGGGAUCGGGAUGAAAUUGGGAACAGGGGUAGAUUGUGGUUUAGAAUAAUACAUAGGCUAUUUUUUAUUCCACGGGAACGCGGGUAAAACCACUGGUAGAAGUUAAUUAGGCUAUAAAUUAUAAAUAUGACCGUUUAAAACCUAUUCACAAUUGCUCUGUGAUUUAAACAAAUAAUUGAAAUGAUUUCGAGAGACGUUUAUAACGUACGAGUUAUUUUAAUUUUAAUGUAAAGGUAAAAUAAGUGUAAUUAUUUUAAAUAAUGCUUUAAAUAAAAUGUUAAAUAAUUGACAUUAUUUAUCUUGUA